AUGUUUGUCACUAUCCUGCUCGGAGACAGCAGGAUGGAAAUGCUCAAUCUCAACUGUAAGCUGAUAAACUUCAUCCAUCAUCUGAAGGAGAUGUGCGGUCUGGACUUCAAAGAGUGUGUGGAGCUGAUGGACAGCAGCGGCAGAGUGAUGGACCUGGAGGGGAAGCAGCAAAAUGUGGCUCUGGCCAGCAGCGUGCUGGCAGAGAGACAAUCCUACGUUCUUCUACGAGUGUGCCGAGACAAUGAUACUGGAGGUCGUAAAUAUGUGUCUCUGCUAAACAACUUCAGCCAGAGUCAUGCCGAGUUCACAGAGCUGCUGAGGAAACUGUCGAACCCCGAAGAGGAGCGAGACAGAAAGACGAGAGGAAGGACACAGAGGAGCAGUCCUGCCAACCAAACCAGGAGCAAAAAAGUCUCUGCAAAUCACAAGAAAACAGCAUCUUAA